GCAUUUAAAAUUGAAAUUGCGAAAUACCGCCGCCAAGAAUAUAAUAUACAAAUGGCUGCAAGCAAAACAAGGGAAAUAUAAACACAGACCAUGGAGCUAGAUAACGAAUAGAAAUAUUUUAAAAUAUGAAUGCUUCAGAACCAGAGAUAUUGGUGGCAAAAGGCCAAUAUGAAAUAUCACAAAUAGGUCCCGAAUAUAUAUGGGAGUCCAAAGCUUUCAAUAUUGGAAUAGAAUUCAAUGCAACUUUUGAUAAUAACACAGGAUCUAAUAGUACUGAUAAUUCCGCUGAGCUUUGGAAGGAAUACAUACACUUACUCCAAGAUCGAGCUCUUCUUGUAACGUUCCUACUUUUAUUUUCACUUACCACUGUCUUUGGAAAUAUGCUUGUAAUAAUGGCAGUAGUUCGUGAGAGGUAUUUACAUACAUCUACUAAUUAUUUUGUAACAUCACUUGCUGUGGCGGAUUGCUUAGUUGGACUUGUGGUGAUGCCUUUCUCAGCUCUAUACGAAGUACUGGAACAUACCUGGUUUUUUGGAGUCGACUGGUGUGAUGUAUGGAGAUCUCUUGACGUUUUAUUUAGUACAGCCUCAAUUCUUAAUUUAUGUGUUAUAUCACUGGACAGAUAUUGGGCGAUUACGGAUCCGAUAACCUAUCCAAUGCGUAUGAGUGGUCGGAAAGCUGCAUUUCUAAUAGCAGCUGUGUGGGUUUGUUCCGGAGCUAUUUCCUUUCCGGCUAUAGCUUGGUGGCGAGCGGUGCGUUUGGAAGAAGUACCAGAUUAUAAAUGUCCAUUCACGGAAAACUUGGAAUAUAUAAUAUUUUCAUCGACUAUAUCUUUUUAUUUGCCACUAUUUGUAAUGGUAUUUACCUAUUAUCGGAUAUACCGAGCCGCAACAAUUCAGACACGGUCUCUUAAAAUUGGUACGAAACAAGUCAUGAGGCCGAGCGGAGAACUUGAAUUGACUUUGAGGAUACAUCGUGGUGGAACAGUACGGCAAAGAGCAGAUGUAUGUCACGGUGGUUGCACACCAGAAGAACAUGAUCAUGAACCUUUGACUGCACUACAGAACAAUGGAUUAUCAAGAUCAUCAACACGAUUAACUAAUGUAGCUCAUACAAAGCAUUUGCCGAAGAAUUUCUCUUUAUCUCGUAAAUUAGCCAAGUUCGCUAAAGAGAAGAAAGCUGCAAAGACUUUGGGAAUUGUGAUGGGUGUAUUUAUAGUGUGCUGGCUGCCUUUCUUCGUCGUCAACUUAUUAUCUGGAAUUUGUUCAUCGUGUAUCACUCACGAGGAAAUUGUGAACGUUGUGGUGACUUGGCUUGGCUGGGUCAAUUCGUCAAUGAAUCCAGUCAUAUACGCCUGCUGGAGUCGAGAUUUUAGAAGGGCCUUUCUUAGAAUUUUAUGUACAUGCUGUCCGAGAAAGUUGCGUCGAAAAUAUCAACCGCAACUGCGCUUCAAGCAAUCACAGUAUCCUCUAUCUACGAUGAUGUAUUCAUCGGUAUCACAACAUGAGAUGUGUCGGUUGUGACAACAAGCGCGCGCGGGAACUGGCCGACCUGCCCGCGCACGUUGCUCCUGAUGCCAGCGUCGCCCUGGCCGCCGGGGCGACAGGCACAUAGACGAAAGGCUUGAAUCCUAUCCCA